AUGAAUAGCGAUGAUAUUAGUGAAUCAGACAGUAAGCUUGCUACACCUGAUUUUACACCGAGAAGGGCUACAAGACUCAGAACUAAACCGAAAAAAUAUGAUGAGUUCUUUGAAUCGUCUCCCACGAAGAGAAGAAGUUAUAAAAAUAUUGAAAGUUCAGAUGAAGAAAUGAACGAGGAAUCACUUUCCAAACCUAAAGCCUUAUUCAGUAAUGAUGAUGUGGAAGGCCAGGAUAUAUUUAAAUUCAAGUCCCGUCACACAAAACACGAUCUACAGAAUAAAGUCAAAGCCGUUGUGGGGAAUGUGGCCCCAUCUCCCACAAAAACACCAAAGAAAAAUACACAUUUAUUACAUAAAAUAAAUCUCGGAAACACACAGACACCUAAACAUGUUGUGGACAAAAUUAAGAAAAAAAUAAUAGCCAAAGUUGAAAAUAGUUCAGACAGUGAUUAUUCAGGCAGCAGUAGUGACUUUGUACCUGAUAAAAGUGAUGAGAGUUCAACAUCAUCAGAGAGUGAAUCAGAAUCAGAAAAUGAGAUUGAAAUUAAGAAAACCACAGGAGCCCAGUACACUAAGAACAAAAAUAGAAUGAAACCAAAAGAUUCUGAAUAUUUUGUAAAAUCUGAUAACUAUUUCAUGAUGAAUUCUACUAAAAAAAUAACGACAUCGGAUCAUACAUUAGCCAGAUUAAAGAAUAUGAAGAUUCAAGAUGAACAAGUCUCAUGUGAUUAUAUGACGCCCGAACAUAGAAUCAAAAUCACAGAACUUAUAGAUACAUAUGAACAAUUGUUCGACAAAUGGUUAUUCGAAUUAAACGAAGGUUUUAACAUACUACUAUACGGAAUAGGUUCCAAAAGAAAUAUAGUACAAAGAUUCCAGGAAACAUUAAAGAACACACCCUGUAUAGUCAUUAAUGGCUUCUUUCCUAGUUUAACUAUGAAGAAUAUUCUAGAAAGUAUAUUGAUUGAUCUAUUAGAUAAUAGUCAUGUUUCUUCCAAUAUGGGUGAUGUGUUAUGUCUUAUAGAGAGUCAAUUAGAAGAUUUAGACACAUAUUUGUGUGUUUUUGUACAUAAUAUUGAUGGUGUUAUGUUGAGGAGCGGCAAAUGUCAAGCUAUGUUAGCCGGUCUGGCUGCACUGAAACAUGUGAAACUUGUGGCCACUAUAGAUCAUAUUAAUGCACCUCUGUUAUGGGAUCACAGUAAGCUGAGUAAAUACAAGUUCCUGUAUUACGACGUGACGUCAUUCCUAACGUACGAACACGAGGCGCCGGGCGUCGCGCACACCCAUCACGCCGGCGGGCUGCAGCUAGCGGCGCUUAACAGUGUGUACAGAUCACUCACGAACAACGCUAAGGGAAUAUUCAAUAUUAUAGUGGAAUAUCAGUUGGAGAACCACAAACAAUCUCAUUACCAAGGCGUACCUCUAAAGGAGUUAUACUCGUUAGCUCGUGAGCGGUUUCUGUGUAGUUCGGAUGCUGUGUUGAGAGCUCAUCUCACGGAGUUCAUAGAUCACAAACUGAUGAGGAUCAAAAGGGCGGAGGACGGAGAUUAUGUGAAGGUGAUGUUGGAUACAGAAGUAUUGAGAGGAUUCACACACACGCUGCUGGAUAUAGGGACGUGA